AUGGCUUCAGCUUGGAUAUCGCCCUCGACGCGGCCAGAAAACAUUGAUUAUCUGGUAUCUGGCGUUGACCGAUACAAUCCAUCCAAUGUCACCAUUCUCGAGGACUACCUUCUACCAACAGAUCAGAAACCAGGAGUACGACUGCUUGGCAAACUUAGGCCAUCCUCAAGCUGUAGGGCCUUGUAUCAAUUCAACCCGGACUUGUACAACCCAGAUGUUAUCAUCAACAUCCUCAUGAAAUCCCUCACAGCGUCCCCUCUGCCAGAUUUCAAUCUCUGCAUGUCUCUUCUUGAAGACAAACCUAUCAAUGCUACGCUCGAUGAGCCCGACCCGCUUCCCGCUCUCCUUCCCAUCAUACAAGGACUGCACGAACUCCUUGACCGCUGUCGGUUCCCCAAGUUCUGGGAAGUAUACCACUCGAACGAACUUGAAAAUCUCCGGGAUAACUACACGGUAGAAUACGUUGGCUUUGAGGAUGCUGUCAGGGAAGUGGCCGAACAGAGCGACUGGGCCAGUAUCCUCGAUCUGGAGGGUCCCGAGCUACAAGCCUAUGUUGAGAACCUGGGCUGGUCAGUCGACCAAUCCGGGACUGUUGUCAACAUCCCGCCAAAUCCAGACAACCAAAUCGAAGCCACCGUUGUCCAAGAAAACAUUAAGCUACCUCAGCUCAUAAAAGUCAUAUCUCACGCUGCAAAAGCUUGA